GGCCUUUUAUGUCAACUGUUAGUGUGACACUUAGCUAAAGUGAUGUAAAUCUGCCUGUCAUACUCUGUAUUCCAAAACUAAUUGAAAUUGUGAAGCAUUAGAAGUAAGAAAGCAUUUGGAUGUGAAGUAGUCAUCUUUAAAGGUCAAUCACAUCUGAAAUGGACAAGGGUGAAGAGGAAAAUGCAGUUGCACUGAAGAACAUUACCCCAAAAAAUGACCCCCAACAUUCCCAUGCUAAUCCAAUAUUUUCCAUGGAAACGGAGUCUGGCCCGCCCCCUUACAUCGGCCCCCCGGAUACAGGAGGUAGCUCACAGAAUGGUGACAUUUUAGAGGAAGGAAUUACUGAUGAAAGAAAGUAUACAAAGCGUGCAACGUCACCGUCUGACGUCAGUUUAAAUGGUGACAUACAGAAGUUAGAUAGUAUGUUGACAGUAGGGAGCAGUAGUUCAGACACGAGAAAACGACACAAGAGUGAUGGGGCUCUGCCUACUACCCCUGUCAGUAAAACAUUUCUUGAUCCAAACAAUAAAAAGAACUCUAUGUAUGAGAGCAAGAGCACUAUAAGUGGUGUCAAGUUUGACGACUCCUUUAUAGAUGAGUCAGGUACAACACUCAUAUACUCCAGGCAUGAGAAAGUACCAUUGAAAGAUUUCACAAUGGAGGUUCGGGCCCACAUGGACAUAAAGAAGUUUCUCAAUAACACAGUUUUAUUACUGGAUCUGACCCAGGUCAGCUUGGACGCCAUCAUUGAUGAGAUUCUACAUAAGUUGCUUGAUUCUGGGGAAAGUAAAGUUGCCUUUGACCAGGCUCGGUCUGCACUGUUUACUCAUGACAAUGUACAUCAAUUGACUCGAACCUUACAGUGUACCAGUAUAUCAGAAGGUGGCGGCUUUGACUAUGACCAGAGUUGGAUAUGUGCAAUUGCAAGUGUGCCAUCUAUCAAUACAAGACAUGUUGGCAUUGCAAGACUUCGACAUCCUGCUAACUUCGGACCAUCCAGUCAAGAAGUUUACUUUGUUAUACUGAUCCUUACACCAACCAAGGAGAAAAGCACAAAGAAUGAUUUGGAAACAGGUAGAACAUUUUCUACGAUAUUUUCUGAUGUUGAACACAGAACUCAGCUCCUGGAAUGUCACACAGAAGAAGAUUUUAAGAAAGUUCUUGCUGACAACACAAAUGCUAUGAUGGAAAGAAUGCAUCAAGCUGAUGAAAAACCUCCAACAUUUAACAAUGAAAAGGAGAAAAAGUGCUGUAAAUUCAUGACAGGGAUAAUUGAUGACCUGAAGAGAAGAGUGCCAUUUUACUGGUCUGAUUAUAAAGAUGGUAUUUUUGGACCAAAGACUAUUCAAAAGACUCUAUCUACAACGUUCUUCUUGUAUUUUGCCUGCCUUAUGCCUUCUAUUGCAUUUGGUGUAUUGAACAGUGAAAAUACAUAUGGCUCUCUCAAUGUAGAGAAGGUGUUGUACUCACAGGCUAUUGGAGGUCUGGCAUUUGCUUUGUUUGGUGGAACACCACAGAUUGUACUUCUUACCACUGCACCACUGGCACUAUAUACCAAAAUUAUAUACAGUAUAUGUGAGGAUUUUGACCUGGACUUUCAGGCGAUGUUUUGUUGCGUUGGUUUGUGGAAUACCUUCUUUCUCUUCUUAUACUCCGCAUUUGAUCUCAGUGAUGUUAUGAAAUGGUCAACAAGGUCAUCAGAGGAGAUAUUUGCCUUGUUUAUAUCCAUAGCUUUCACAAUAGAUGCUAUCAAAAAUACUGUACAUAAUUUUGGUGAACAUUACAACAUUCCAGAGUGUGGGGAGAAUUAUAACAGUUCACAAGUUGCUCUAGAAAACACGAUGAACAAUGUGACAACACCGAUACGAGAGUGUGAACGUGAUGUCAGUUUACUGUAUCUCCUACUACUACUGGGAACACUCUGGCUCGGUGUCACACUUUAUAACUUUACAAAAACGCCAUAUUUGAAUCCUGGUAAGAGAGAGUUAUUGGCCGAUUAUUCUCUACCUGUGGCUGUUAUUAUUGUCAGUUUGAUUGGUGUGUUUGCCUUUGAUGAUGUUAAUAUGGGUAAAGGGUUUGACUCUAAGCGUGAAGAUAAUAUAUUUACUAUAGUUCCUCUACAUAGCCUAUCAGUCGGUGCUGUAUUCGGUGGUAUGGGACUAGGCUUCUGUCUCUCACUACUCUUCUUCAUGGAUCAAAAUAUUUCUGCCGCUCUAGUAAAUGCUCCACAAAACAAGAUGAAGAAGGGUACAGCAUAUCACUGGGAUCUAUUUGUUAUUGGGCUAAUCAAUGGUGUGCUGUCAAUAUUUGCAUUUCCCUGGGUGCACGCUGCUCUACCUCACUCACCGUUACACGUGAGAGCCCUCGCUGAUGUAGAGGAACGUGUUGAUCAAGGACAUAUCUAUUCAAUCAUUGUGAGAGUGAGAGAAACACGUCUGACAUCAAUAUUCUCCAAUGUUAUGAUUGGAUUAUCACUGCUUAUAUUGCCAGUGUUAUCUUAUAUUCCGACACCAGUUCUCUAUGGACUAUUCUUGUAUAUAGCUGUCACAGCACUCACCGGGAACCAGCUGUUUGAGAGAAUUAUGCUGCUCAUAACAGAACAGAGUGCUUAUCCACCAAACCACUAUAUCCGGAGGGUUCCACAACGAAUGAUGCAUUUCUUCACACUACUACAGUUAAUCCAGCUUGCUGUAUUGUGUGCAUUUGGCUUUGCACCAUAUCCAUACCUGAAAAUGUUUUUCCCUGUUCUCAUCUUUAUUUUAAUACCUCUUAGACAAAAAGUAAUUCCAAAGAUUGUUCAGCAGAAAUAUCUAAAUGCAAUGGAUAGUCAUUAAAUAUGGAGACAGAUGGUUGAUGUUAACACAUGUAUAUAAUAAACAUCACAAUGUGUGCAGUUACACAGCAAUGACAGUACAAAAUGGAUCUGAAAUCCUGGUUUCACACCAAAGUGCCAUGUACAUGGUCUUGUGUUGUUAUACAUGUAUUUGUUCCCCAGUGUUAGUAUCCUAAUUCCAUACAGUUUUGUACAAAAUGUAACUAUAUGGCAAUAAUCUUUAUAAGUUGUGACGAUAUAUGGUAAUGUAACAGAAAUAUACUGGUAGUCUGUUAGAAGGACCAAUGUUAAAUAUUUGAAGACUUUUAAGAAUUGUUUUUUAUAUUGUGUGCAAGAAGAAAACAAGCUUUUUUUCUUCUCACUGCUCUUUACAUCAGUAUAACAUCUUUUACAAUGUAUA